GCCUACGUCAUGACGUCGCGUUAAACAUGGCCGCCGUACAUACGCAGUGCUGAGUUCAGGACAGAGUCUCUCCUGAUUCGGAUUGAAAUCGUUAAAUGGCGGACUCGUUACCGACUACAAGUGUUCAGGACCGGCUGCAGCGUCUGCAGGAGCUGACGGAGUUCACCGAAACCUGUAAGAAACGGCUGGACGACGUGUUUGAGACGCUGGGAUGGUCGUGGGACUACAACAAGGAGAUGAUGGAGCAGUGUCCCUUCGACCCCGACCACAGAGUCCCGGCCCGGAGCAUGGACAGACACAAAGCCUCCUGCAGCCUCCGUAAGAUGGGCUACUCAGCCGAGGAACAGGCGGAGAUGUUUGACCCGUCUGUGUGUUAUGAGAACAGCAGCGUCAGAAGCUUCACGAUGGACAAAUCCACCCAGCAUCAGGUGAUCCUGCAGGCCCGAUCUGCUGCACCGCUGAUGAGGAUGGAGGGAGUCUUCUGGCAAGGUCAGUACUCCGGCCAGCCCGUCGACGUGCCUCAGACCCACAAACGAGCGCUGUGCGACCUCACCGUGGCCGACCGGUUGGCUCUGUACGAUCACGUGGUCGGCGUCCUCGGCCAACAGAAGGACGCUGCGUCCGCCAGCAACGACGAUCUUUACGUAGAUUUGGUGUCCAAACUCCAGAAGGAUGAAGAACAGAACGAACCAAAGACUCACCUGGAGCUGAUGGCUGAGAUGAGGGACUACAAGAGGCGGCGUCAGUCCUACCGAGCCAAGAACGUUCACAUCACCAAGAAGUCUUACACCGAGGUGAUCAGAGAGGUGAUCAACGUCCACUCAGGGGAGCUCAGCAGACAGUGGAAGGAGGAAGAGGAGGAGGAGGAGGAGGCGACGACGAGGUCUGAACUCUCCUCCCACAGGCGUCGGCCAGAUGAAAGGCGGUCGGCAUCGGCCGAGUCUCAUCACUCUCACGGCAGACGGCAUCGCAGCCGGGAACGAAGUCAAGACAGAGACAGAGAGAGCAAGAAGAAGCGGAAGAAGAAGGACAGGGACUCCCGCUCCCCCGACGACCACCACCACGACCGCAAGAAGAAGAAAAAGAAGAAGAGAGACGAGCGGGAGAAAGAGAAGUGAUAGUUCAGAUGAGGUCAAAGGUCAGGGCAGCCUCUAACAGGUCGAACAUGUCACGUCUCAUUUUAACUUCAGAAAUGUGGAAUAAAGUUUUGCGUACAAAAAAAAAAAA